AUGUUACGUUUGAGAACCGCAUUAAAGCAGCGUUGCCGUGUCCCUUCUCGCUCUCGCCCCCUCCCUGCCCUCGCCGCUCAGGCGCCGCCUGUCGCUGUUCCGGACUUGGGCGGGGCCGGGGGGCGGGGCCGGGGCGGGGCUUCUCCGGCGGGGCCCCGCCCUUCCGGCGGUAACAUGGCGGCCGGCGUGGAGCUGGGCUUCGCUGUGGCCCCGGGGCCGGAGGGUACCUGGCGCCUGAGCAGCGCCUACUUCCCCAGCAAAGUCGGGGGGCGGCCGGCGUGGCUGGGUGAGGUCGGGCUGCCGGGCCCCGCCGCCCUGCGCUGCGGCCGCUGCCAAAAGCCUUGCGCCUUUCUGCUCCAGCUGUACGCGCCGCUGCCGGACCGCCCCGACGCCUUCCACCGCACCCUCUUCGUCUUCGCCUGCCGUGGUGCCAGCUGCUACCGCCUGCCGGGCCCGCGGGGGCCCCUCUGCGUGUUCCGGAGCCAGCUGCCGCGGCGGAACGAUACCUAUCCCGAGGACCCACCGCCCGAGGCGCCGCCGCCGGACCCUGCCGCCGCUUCCGCGCCCCGCCGCCGGCUCCGCUGCGGCGCCGCGCUCUGCCGCGUCUGCGGCUGCCUGGGCCCCCGCGCCUGCGGGCGCUGCCGCCGCGCCACCUACUGCGGCCCCGAGCACCAGGCGAUGGACUGGCGGCAGGGACACCGGCGGGCCUGCGGGCAGCCCGCCGCCGCAGGUGAUGUGGCAGAUGCAGUUCCAGAGCACAACGACUUCCUUUUUCCAGAAUAUGAAAUUCUGAUAGAACCUGAGGAACCAGAAUCUCCUCUUGACAGCAGUGUAGAUCACACUGAUGAACAAAGAGAUGUAGAUACAUCAAAGGGCCCGAAAGAGCAAAAGGAACUGGGAGCUACAGGAAGUGCAGGUGAAGCAUUUCAGUCCUUAGAUGAAGAGACAUUGGAUGCAAUGGCAAAACAUGAGACUGAAGAAGACAAGAUCUUCCAGAUGUUUAAGGAACAAAUAGCUGCUGAACCAGAGCAGGUUAUUAGAUACUGCAGAGGAGGAAAAGGCCCAGUCUGGGUAUCAGGUGAAAAUAUUCCUGAAGAAAAAGACAUCCCAAGUUGUUUAUGUGGUGCCAAAAGGAUUUUUGAAUUCCAGAUUAUGCCACAGCUCCUGAACCACCUUAAGGUUGACAGCCUUGGAGAGAGCAUUGACUGGGGAACAUUGGCAGUGUACACUUGCACUGACAACUGCGGUGGGGGAAACGAAUACCUGGAAGAGUUCAUAUGGAAACAAGACUUCUCUGCAGGCUCUGUUUGAUUUCCAUCAAGCCACUACAUUGAGUCAUCUAAACGGAGUACUUGCCUUGUUUCAGUACACCUCUGCACUUUGCAAACAGGUAACUGUACCCAUUGCAAAUAACUGCAUCUUACAACAGUGACAGAACUGCUAAAAGCAGACCAUGAUAACCUCUCUUGUGCUUCACAGGAGCUUUUUACUUCAACCUAGUACUGAAGCAUGUGUUCAGUGAGUUUCACUUCACAUCUCAAUUUUGAAUAUUUUAAAUAAAUAUUAAGUAUUUUUUUGAUUGUUAAAGUAUCUUUUGUGACUAAAUUCAAGAAUUUAAAACUUAUCCAUCAGGAUUUUUGUUGUGCCAAAGCCAAUAAUUCACAGGGAGAAACAGGCUAUUGUAACAUCAUUUGAUUGCUUAUGCUCAAGAAGGGUAGAGAAGUCAAAACCAAGACUAACCUGUGGCCUUUUACUGCUGCUGCUUCUCAAAAGGUGCACUGAAACUAACUUGGCAGUUGUUAAAUGUUCUAAUUGAGGGGUUAUUCAAGGUAAAAUGCACAAGAGUUGUGUAUUUGACUUAAAAGCUAUUAACUGAUUUAAACGCUGUCUGCCUGUGAUGCAGAAACAGCCAUACCAGAAUGUGUUUGUCUUGCUGCUAGAGGCAAGAAUUAAUAGUUUUCAUGCUGAAUUUUAUCUCCAGUCUGCCAUCCUUGGUAAAGUUUAAAAUUAAGUGCACUGUGGAGAGAUUCUUCUGUUUUUUGACUGCUGUAUAGCUGAGGCAAGACAAAAGUAAAAACAUAAUGCUGAAUUUA